AUGGUCAAAUUGUUGUUUAUCACUGUCUUCGCCUUUCUAGUGACGGCGAACGCCGCCACACUUUCUACCGGAAAAAUCGUCGGCGGAUUCCAGAUCGAUAUUGCCGAUGUUCCCUAUCAGGUUUCGUUGCAAAGCGGUGGUCAUCACUUUUGCGGAGGAUCCAUCAUCGGAUCCCGUUGGGUCCUGACAGCUGCUCACUGCACCGUAAGAGAUCCGGAAUCUUAUACCGUACGUGUGGGUUCCACGGAUCGUGCCGAUGGUGGAGUUGUAAUCAAAGUGCAGUCGUUGAAGCCACAUCCUCAGUACAAUGAGGACACAUUCGACUAUGAUUAUGCGCUACUGGAACUUGCGGAAAGUGUAGGAUAUACUCGCAGAAUCCAGAGCGUUUCUCUGCCAAAGGCAGGCGAAGCUGUCGAGGAUGGUUCCAUGUGCACCGUUUCCGGUUGGGGUGAUACCAAGAACUACGAGGAAAGUUCACAGCUGUUACGGGCGGUAAAUGUACCAUCGGUCAAUCAGGAAAAAUGUGUCUCCGCCUAUGCCAGUACCGGUGCAAUAACCGAGCGAAUGAUCUGUGCCGGGUACGCUGCCGGUGGUAAGGAUUCUUGCCAGGGAGAUUCCGGUGGUCCGCUGGUCGUCGACGGAAAACUGGUCGGAGUGGUUUCCUGGGGCAAGGGAUGCGCUCAACCGAACCUUCCCGGAGUGUAUGCUCGUGUUUCGGCCGUACGCGACUGGAUUGCCGAAGUUUCUGGUGUAUGA